AUGCUAGUUUCUCCAACAUUUAGAAGGGAGCAGUGUCGGGUUUUUGAAUUGGCUCUUGCUCAUACGAACAAGCCCUUGUCUAUUGCUGAAGAAUGCCUUCUUCAUCGCGAUAAACGGAUUGGCAUUGAUCUUGUCAAGGAUGCUGUGGAGCGCGCUUUGAUAAAGGUAAGUCAACAUUAG